AUGCCUAACGUAUCGGAGUCGCGCGCGGCGCGGUGGCAGGUCGUGUACGCGCGAUUGAGUUCCACCUCUAAUCACGCUGUGUAUGCCUUAGCGACCACAGCCCAUAUUUUGAUCAACCGGGCAAUCCGACCGCAGGGCCAAGGCACGAUCGUUCCAGCUGUAUCGCCUCCGCCCAGCCCAUACACAAGCCGGAGAUGGUGCAUGCAUGGUCUUCUGACCGGCGCAGCCAUCGCCAUCCCCAGCCCGGCGCAGCUGAUCCCCAGCUGGAAGGCAGACCGUCCAACCUUGAAUCAAAGUCGAUUCCCGAUUCCCGACUCCCAAGUCCAGUUAUCGCAGUGGCGCCCACCAACCUCGAAACCAAUCAUCCAUCUUCGGCGCACGCAAACCCCACAUAGCCAACCCAGCAGUGCUUCCUCUACUUGA